GCGAAAAUCAGAAAGUGGGAAACAACUAAACGUCACACAACUCGGCCCUCUCUGAGUUUCAGCAGCAGUCACUCACUCUUGCCGAGUGACAUUUUUCACUUUUGCCUCCCACGGUGGUCCAAGCCCAUUAUUCCACCCCAACCGCAGCCACCCUCCGAUCUUUCCACUUCUCCGAUUCUCCUCUGCUCGUCGGUGAUGGGAAGCCAUCAUAGAGAAGAUCCACUUUCCUACCCAAACAACAUCCAUUCUUCCUCGUCCUCUCCGAUCACAGUCUCCGACUACCUCGACCCCGCCGCCGCCUUCCUCUCUUCCGACCCAUCCAACAAUUCCCUCAUCGGCAGCGCCUCCAGCAGUUUCCAGAACGACCCGGGUUUCCUAAACGACGCCGCCGCCGCCGCUGCCAAUAUCGACGCCGAAUUCGGCUUCUCUCGGCCGGACUUCAGGCAGAGCCCGCUUGUCGGCACCGUGCAGUACUACGAGCGCCAUGUCUUUUUGUGUUACAAGAACCCUUCUGUUUGGCCUCAGCGGAUUGAGGCUGCCGAGUUUGAUCGCCUGCCGAGAUUGCUCUCUGCUGCCGUCACUGCAAGGAAAGCUGAUAUGAAGAAAGAGUUUGUGUACCGACUUGGAGUAAGACUUUCACUGUAGUGUCGAGGAGUGUGAUUGAAUGUGUUGGAUAGGGACCUGCUCAGUGUCAUUUAGGUGGUGACAGCCUGACAGGGUCCAUGACUGAGUUUUCAUCUUCUUUAUCAUAAAGGGUUGAGUGGUUUCUUCGCCCUGAUAGAGGGUCAUUGUUACAUUCACUUGUUCCAAUUAUGGCGCUUGCCUCUAUAUCUCUACAUUGGUGUGGUUCCAAACCCGUCUAACAAUAUGUGAGGGACAUGAUGGAACAGAAACCUCAAAUGGGGAUGUGUUAAUCUUUCCUGACAUGGUCAGAUACAGGAGGUUAACACAUUUUGACGUCGACACAUUUGUGGAGGAAGUGCUGGUCAAAGAUGGUGAAUGGAUGCCCGGAACUCCAGAAAAGCUUCAUGGUUGCUAUGUGUUUGUAUGCUCUCAUGCCUCCAGAGAUCGCCGUUGUGGCGUUUGUGGUCCGGCCAUAAUUGGAAGAUUUAAAGAAGAGAUAGAAGUUCGUGGUCUGCAAGCUAGAGUCUCUGUUAGUGCGUGCUCACACAUUGGGGGCCAUAAAUAUGCUGGAAACAUCAUCAUUUUCGGAUCAAGUGUUAGUGGAGGCAUCACUGGACACUGGUAUGGAUAUGUUACUCCAGAUGAUGUGCCCAUAUUUCUCGAACAACACAUUGGCAGAGGAGAGAUUGUCGAUUGGCUGUGGAGGGGCCAGAUGGGUUUGCCAGUAGAGGAUCAGAUUAAGUGGCAAGAACAACGGCUGCAACUGAAUGGGAAUAAUUUGGUGGAUAGCAAUGAAGUGACACUAAGAAAAACAGAUGUUGAAGCAAGUGUUGCAGCAGGCACUGUUUCUGGACCCGACGCCACUGGAGGUCGCUGCCAGGAAAAUGGGAACUCUGCUUCUUGCAGUCAAAAGCCUGUCUCAACAGAAAACAACAAGCCGAAAGAAGGGAAGCUAUCUCUAUUGGAGGAGAAAAAGAGCAACAAGAAGUUGAUCUCCCGUCGUAAUAGUGGGAAGAAGUCCCUAGUGCAUAGAGUUUGUGGAAAGCCAACAUGGCUAGAGAGCUGGGAGCUUGAAGAUACAUAUGCAGCUGCUGCUGUGGUUUGUGCCGUCGCGUCAGUUGCCGUUGCAUACAAAUGCUACAAACAGCUGAGUUAAAUCAUUCCAAUUCCUUUCCUUUUGUUAUUGUGCGUGUUUUUCUUUUUUUGUUGUAACUAAUCUUCAUAAGCAAAACUCGUGAGUUCAAAGAAUCUGUAAAUUAAUCCUUUCCUACCGUUUGUUCUGGGUUUACAAAGUGAAGCUUUCUCUACUUAUUCAUUCAUCUCUACUAAAGACUUCAUAAUGCCAAAUAGCUCUCUCAACAUGUUGGAUGUAUACAGCCUGCACUCAACCAUCAGAAGAGUUCCAAAAGCAAUUGAUAAGAUGGCUGGGUGUCAGAGUCUUUAUGGAAAUGAGGGGGUUUGAGAAAUGACUGAAAAAAAUCAAGGAAAUUUGUCUUUAAUCCCAUUUUAAGUUCAAGAACCAAAAUGUGGCUAAGAAGGAUUAAUUAAAGCUCUUCUGAUGAACAUACAAACAACCACAAGUUGCAAUUUUUUAUAGUGGCUCCAAGACAAUGUGCAAAAUGAGUAAAGCUCUUAUGAAGCAAGUAAUUCCUUAUAAAAUAAUAUAGAGGGAGGUCACAAGAAGAUCAUUCCACCCUAAGAUGUUUCUCGUCUUAGCCCCUCAACUGACUCUGCAAGAUGUGCAUCGAGCUGAUGCAACAAAUUGAAAGGCUACACACUCAAUAACCUUAGUACAAAGUCGACAACUUUCACCAUCUUUCUCGAGUUUUGCUGAGGCCUGGAUCUCUCUGCCUCUCUCUAGUCCACUUAAUAUUGGUGAGAAAUCAGUAAAUAAAUUAAAUAUCCCUAUAUGUUCAUUCAUUCCUUGUUUCAGCUCUUUUCACAUGCCAUUCACCUGGAGUCUGCUGAACGAGUUGUUGAAACCAUUGGAAUCACCUAGCUUGUGGAGCUCGGACUCUAUCCUCGUCGCGAUCAUGGCACCUUCGGGGUCAGGCGCAGGGAAAUUCACAUGGACCGAGCCUUGUUUGAGAAGUCGUGAAUAGGAUUCCUCCUGCUCAGCUUGUUGCUUAACAUAGUUGUAGAGCUGCUGGUGGAAGGCAUGAUCUAACGAGUAGCAGUUUGUGGUGGUGGUGGUUCCAUUUGCAGCAGCAACAACACGAGAAGAACCAGAACCCCUUUGUUUACAGAAGUGAGGGAGAGAGUUAACAUCCAUUAUCUUCAACAAUUCUUCCUUCCCAGAACCUUGUAGCACCUGAAUCUUUUUCUUUGUCCUCUCUUGUAAUAAAGGCUUCACAACCUGCCAAC